AUGGCUACUAUUACACUCGUGCCGCGGUGCCCGCUGAUUAAGCCCCACCUCCAGACUCGAGCCAUCACAGCCUGUCCUAUCCUUCCGCGCAUCCGAUCGAGAAUGCAAUCGUCUGCCGCCGCUCAAGGCACGGACAGUUCGGCGACCGACACACUAAUGCAGUACGUGGUGCUGCGGCGAGACCUAAUCGACUCGUGGCCGCUGGGGAGCUUGGUAACCCAGGGCUGCCAUGCCUCAGUCGCCGCCAUCUGGACCAAUAAGGACGAUCCCGACACCCUCCGCUACUGCUCCCCUUGUCCUGUUCUUGGGUUUUUGGCUCAACUGAAUGUAAAGCUGUUGGUUUUCUGGAGCUAUGAGCUUAUGAGUCUCUCUUGGCAAAUUUACCAAAUGCAGGUGACUCUUGAAGUAAAAGGCGAAGCUCAGAUACUAAAUUUAUCGGAUAAGCUAAAAACCGAUGGCAUUGCUCACAAGCUGUGGAUUGAACAACCUGAGAAUAUCCCGACAUGCCUUGCGACAAAACCUUACCCAAAAUCUCUUGUAUCAUUGUAUUUCAAAAAGCUUAAGCUCUGUAAGUGA